GUUGGUGAGGAAGGGAUAGAGCAGGGAGAAGUUAUGGCGGGAGCUUCAGUGCAUAUGCAGCAUUUGAACAGCAGAGUCGGUGUUACUAUGGCCACCGCUACUACUCCUACAGACACCCAAAUCGGGACUCGGGUUCAACUCCCAGAGAAGACCCGCAAUUCUCGGGUGUUGGUGCUCGGCGGAACGGGUCGGGUCGGAGGCUCCACUGCCAUUGCCCUCUCCAAGCUAUGCUCCGACCUCCAAAUUGUCGUCGGCGGUCGAAACAGGGAAAAAGGUGUUAAUAUGGUAGCUACACUUGGGAGAAACUCAGAGUUCUCAGAAGUAGACGUUAACAAUGUAAAAUCGUUGGAAGCAGCUCUGAAAGAUGUAGAUCUCGUAGUUCAUGCUGCAGGGCCAUUUCAACAAGCAGAGAAGUGCACUGUAUUGGAAGCUGCCUUAGAGACAAAGACAGCCUAUGUUGAUGUUUGUGAUGACACAGCCUAUUCACAACGUGCAAAAUCCUUUAAGAACAGUGCUAUAGCUGCAAAUAUUCCGGCAAUAACAACCGGUGGAAUUUAUCCAGGAGUGAGCAAUGUGAUGGCUGCAGAACUAGUUCGUGCAGCUAGGAGUGAAAGCAAAGGCACACCCGAAAGGCUAAGAUUCUAUUACUACACAGCAGGAACUGGCGGCGCUGGUCCAACUAUCUUAGCAACUAGCUUUUUGCUUCUGGGAGAGGAGGUUGUUGCAUUUAAUAAAGGAGAAAAGAUCAAACUAAAGCCAUAUAGUGGAAUGCUGGAGAUUGACUUUGGAAAAGGCAUUGGAAAGAAAGAUGUUUAUCUGUUGAAUCUACCGGAGGUAAGAAGUACUCAUGAGGUCCUAGGAGUACCUACUGUCAGUGCUCGAUUUGGAACUUCACCCUUCUUUUGGAAUUGGGGAAUGGCAAUCAUGACUAGUCUUCUUCCACCGGAGCUAUUGAGAGACAGAAGCAAAGUCCAACAGAUGGUUGAACUGUUUGACCCCGUUGUCCGACAAGUUGAUUCUUUUGCUGGAGAGCGUGUAUCAAUGAGGGUUGAUUUGGAGUGCUCUGAUGGGCGCAAUACAGUUGGUAUAUUCAGUCACAAGAGACUUUCUGUAUCUGUGGGAUAUGCAGCAGCUGCAUUUGUUAUGGCAAUUCUUGAGGGAAGCACAAAGCCUGGGGUUUGGUUUCCGGAGGAGAAUGAAGGCAUUGCAAUUGAGGCAAGGGAACUCCUCCUCGAACGUGCUGCGCAAGGAACAUUCAAUUUCGUAAUGAACAAGCCAUCAUGGAUGGUGGAAACAAACCCAAAAGAGUUAGGGUUGGGAAUAUACGUGUAAUACUCAAACUGAAGUCAAACUAGAAGUUCAAAUUCUUCACCAUGUUGCCGAGCUGCGAGGCUUCCCCGUCCUGCAGGACAGAAGGGUCGUCAAAUUAAACAAAUUUUGGAGAUAAAUAUGAAUAUUUUCCCCUAUAUAUAUAUAUAUAUAUAUAUAGCAGUAUUCUUCAGUAAAGGAAACAAGUGGAAUAUAAUUUACAUCGUAUGUGUAUUAUACUUAUUUCAAUGUUGUGAAAUAAGCAGCUAAAACUCUAAUAAAUUGCACGGUUUGAAAAAUAAAACUUCCUUU